AUGGAACCUUUUCGCGUCAUAUUUUUCGCACGUGGUCACUAUUUAAGAUUACUAACCAUUAUACAAGCAAUAUUAACCCUUUCAUUAAGCGACAUAGCGAUUAUAAUCACAUUCGCUGUUCCUAAUGCAUGGUAUCAUGAUGGUACCACCGGUAAUCCGCAUGGACUGUGGGAAUGUCCAGACGCACCAUGUGAUGCAAUUAAAGCUUGGCAGGCAUUAGAAAUUAUUUUUUUAGUAUUUACAACAGGGGCUCUCGCUGCUGCUAUUGUCGCAGGUAUUUGCUAUAGAUUCAAACGCAAUAUUCGAUUCCGUUCAGCACUAUUAUCAUUAUUUAUUGCAUUAUUUGGAGGUAUAUCGAGCUUAUUUGUGUUUGGUUUUUCUGUGUAUAAUGUUCGACAAUCACUCAAUAAUGCUGAACUUGAUUGGUGUUUUUAUGUGAAUAUUGCCGCCGUUGUACUAGCACUAGUUGGUUUUAUAUUAUUAUCUGUCUACUGUUGUCUAAUAAAAACAGUUGACACAAUGGACGAUGAUAUGAUAUUAGACACAGUCGAAGAGCCAGAUAGCUUUCAACUGCCAGUCGGUGCCUUUUCCUAUCAAAUUGUGACCCAGUCAAGAAAAAAAAAUAAAAAAUCGAAAUCAUAUGCCAUACGUCCCGUUCAACAACCAAAUCUUCCUAUUUUAACACCUUAUUCGUCAACAGCAACAACAAAUAAUGAUGAUAUUAAUCCUGCUCCUUACAUUCCAAAUCAUCAAGUACUGUUAACACCAUAUACUCCCAAUAGCACAAAUAUAGCUCAACAACAACAGCAACAACAACAUCAACAGCAACAACAACAGCAACAACAAUAUCAACAGCAACAACAAUAUCAACAACAUCAACAGCAACAACAAUAUCAACCACAACAACAACAACACCAUGUAUCGGUGUUGUUGUCCCAGCAAGAACGACAAGGUUACAACAACGAUGAAAUGAGUCAACAACAGCAACAGCUACAAAAUCCUUCCGGUUAUUCUUAUCAACAAAAUAAUCCUCGCUUACUAUCAUCUCAAUCAUCGACACAAAUUACUCAAAUACGUCCUAAACAACCACAAUCGCACACAUUUGUACCAGAAUUAUCUGUUCAUCCAUCAUCACAGUAUAGACCAUCCUAUUGGCAUAAUACAAAACGAUCAAAUACAUCAAAUGGUUAUCUUUCGGAACCCGAUUAUAUCUCACGUGGUGUCAUGUAUGCACCAACAAUAUCAAUACAAAAUACACCAUUUCAAAAUCGAUAUAAUGGUAUUACAGGACAACCCUUUUUAACACCAAGAAGUAGUGGUGCACCGCUAACACGUCGUGAACCACGUGUAAUGCACUAUUAUACAGGUUUAGAUUAUUUUGCAGCCAUUGAUUCAUCAGACGAACAAGGAUUAAAUACAAGACGUUCGACAGUAAAUCCAUCGUAUAUAUAUCAAAAAAAUGAUUAUAUUGGAACAAUGUAA